UGGAUUUAAAGGGGGAUAAAAAAAAAACCCACCCAAACCACUGAUCGUUUGUUUAACAGAUUAAAACCAUGGCUGUGUGGAUACAAGCCCAGCAACUCCAAGGCGAUGCUCUUCAUCAAAUGCAAGCAUUGUAUGGUCAGCAUUUCCCCAUUGAGGUGCGACAUUAUUUAUCCCAGUGGAUCGAAAGCCAAGCUUGGGACUCAAUAGAUCUUGAUAAUCCACAGGAGAACAUUAAGGCCACCCAGCUCCUGGAGGGCCUGGUGCAGGAGCUGCAGAAGAAGGCAGAGCACCAAGUCGGGGAAGAUGGGUUCUUACUGAAGAUCAAGCUGGGGCACUAUGCCACGCAGCUCCAGAACACGUACGACCGCUGUCCCAUGGAGCUGGUCCGCUGCAUCCGACAUAUUCUGUACAAUGAACAGAGGCUGGUGCGAGAAGCCAACAAUGGUACUUCUCCAGUUGGAAGUCUUGCUGACACCAUGUCCCAGAAGCACCUCCAGAUCAACCAGACGUUUGAGGAGCUGCGACUGGUCACACAGGACACAGAGAAUGAGCUGAAGAAGCUUCAGCAGACUCAAGAGUAUUUCAUCAUCCAAUAUCAGGAGAGCCUGAGGAUCCAGGCUCAGUUUGGCGGGCUGGCCCAGCUGAGUCCCCAGGAGCGGCUGAGCCGGGAGACGGCCCUGCAGCAGAAGCAGGUGUCCCUGGAGGCCUGGCUGCAGCGCGAGGCCCAGACGCUACAGCAGUACCGCGUGGAGCUGGCCGAGAAGCACCAGAAGACCCUGCAGCUGCUGCGGAAGCAGCAGACCAUCAUUCUGGACGAUGAGCUGAUCCAGUGGAAGCGGCGGCAGCAGCUGGCCGGGAACGGAGGGCCCCCCGAGGGCAGCCUGGACGUGCUGCAGUCCUGGUGUGAGAAGUUGGCCGAGAUCAUCUGGCAGAACCGGCAGCAGAUCCGCAGGGCUGAGCACCUCUGUCAGCAGCUGCCCAUCGCCGGCCCAGUGGAGGAGAUGCUGGCUGAGGUCAAUGCCACCAUCACAGACAUCAUCUCAGCCCUGGUGACCAGCACAUUCAUCAUUGAGAAGCAGCCCCCUCAGGUCCUGAAGACCCAGACCAAGUUUGCAGCGACGGUGCGCCUGCUGGUGGGCGGGAAGCUGAACGUGCACAUGAACCCCCCCCAGGUGAAGGCCACCAUCAUCAGUGAGCAGCAGGCCAAAUCGCUGCUCAAGAACGAGAACACCCGCAAUGACUACAGUGGCGAGAUCCUGAACAACUGCUGUGUGAUGGAGUAUCACCAGGCCACCGGCACCCUCAGCGCGCACUUCCGGAACAUGUCCCUGAAACGAAUUAAGAGGUCAGACCGUCGUGGAGCAGAGUCAGUGACAGAAGAAAAAUUUACAAUCCUGUUUGAAUCACAGUUCAGUGUUGGUGGAAAUGAGCUGGUUUUUCAAGUCAAGACCCUGUCCCUCCCGGUGGUGGUGAUCGUCCAUGGUAGCCAGGACAACAAUGCGACGGCCACUGUUCUCUGGGACAAUGCUUUUGCAGAGCCUGGCAGGGUGCCGUUUGCCGUGCCCGACAAAGUGCUGUGGUCUCAGCUGUGUGAGGCGCUCAACAUGAAAUUCAAGGCCGAAGUGCAGAGCACCCGGGGCCUGACCAAGGAGAACCUCGUGUUCCUGGCACAGAAGCUGUUCAACAACAGCAGUGGCCACCUUGAAGACUAUAAUGGCAUGUCCGUGUCCUGGUCCCAGUUCAACAGGGAGAAUUUACCAGGACGAAAUUACACGUUCUGGCAGUGGUUCGAUGGUGUGAUGGAAGUGUUAAAAAAACAUCUCAAGCCUCAUUGGAAUGAUGGGGCUAUUUUGGGUUUCGUGAACAAGCAACAGGCCCAUGACCUACUCAUUAACAAGCCUGAUGGGACCUUCCUGCUGAGAUUCAGCGACUCUGAAAUUGGCGGCAUCACCAUUGCUUGGAAGUUUGAUUCUCAGGAAAGAAUGUUUUGGAACCUCAUGCCUUUUACCACCAGAGAUUUCUCCAUCCGGUCCCUGGCCGACCGCUUGGGGGACCUGAAUUACCUUAUCUACGUGUUUCCUGAUCGGCCAAAAGAUGAAGUGUACUCCAAAUAUUACACACCAGUUCCGUGCGAGCCUGCCACUGCUAAAGCGGUGGACGGAUACGUGAAGCCACAGAUCAAACAAGUGGUCCCUGAGUUUGUGAGUGCGUCUGCAGACUCUGCCGGGGCCAGCGCCACCUACAUGGACCAGGCCCCCUCCCCAGCCGUGUGCCCCCAGGCUCAUUAUAACAUGUACCCCCAGAACCCUGACCCCGUCCUCGACCAGGAUGGAGAAUUUGACCUGGAUGAGACCAUGGACGUCGCCCGGCACGUGGAGGAACUCUUACGCCGCCCGAUGGACAGUCUGGACCCCCGCCUCUCCCCGCCUGCCGGCCUUUUCACCGCUGCCCGAGGCUCGCUCUCAUGAAUGUUCGAAUGAUACGCUUCUCUUUGGAAACAACACUCAGUGUGAAGGGGUCGUGUUAAUGGUGAUUUUAGUGUUGCUGUGCAUACAGAUGCCUCGGCCGUGUGUGUGUGUGUGUGUGUGUGUGCCUGCCUCGCCUGCGCCCAGCAGCCACCAGCUUGCUCCCCAGAUCAAGGCGCCCGAGGGCCCGCCGGGCCUGUGUCUGUCGCGGGAGGGGCUCCGCUUCCGCCGGCUGCUGUCACAGGUGCUGUUCCUGCCCGGGCCUGUCCGGCCUCGCCGCUGUUUGAAGGAAAUUAUUCAAGAAGGGGCUUGGAGACGGGUCAGGUGUCCCAGCUUCAGUUGUACUCCUGAGUGAGAAGCUUUGGCUCCCAAAUGUGUGCAUAUGCGUUUGUGUUUGUGCAUCUGUUGGCAUGCACGUGUGUUGGUCUAUUGAUUCUUUCCCUCGGGAGGGAGGCUGGGAUUCAGUUUUGAGUCAUGUUUUAUACUUUAUCUAAUGACUAUGGACUCGAGAUUGUUUGUGACCCGAGGGCUUCUCUAGACCGUGGCCCUAACGCAGCAGGAAUGGGUCUUUGCGGUUGGGUCUGUCAGAGCUGCUCUGAGUACGUAGUUGCUUGGCCUCCCGGCCUCCUGGCCUCCAGCCGGGGGACCUGGGCUUCAUGUCUGUGGUGCCGUUACCCGGUCUGCUAUCAUUUUCCAAGUGUGAUCGCCUCCCCUCCAUCGGGCCCCAGCCUUCUUUCCCUGACGCUCUGCAACCCUGCUCCCAGGAGAGGGGGGAGACGGGCAGGAACUGGGCUAGGACGUGGUGGGUGAACAGAGGGCUGGGGACUUGGCGGGGCUGAUCUCCCUCUCCUGGAGAACUGCACUGAGAGACGGCCGCAGAGAAGCUGCUUGCGGCAUGCCUGUGGAAUCCCGAGUGAGGGGUAAAAGCUCAGCUCGUUCCCCCCUGCUGGCAGGUGGACCUGGACUAGGCCUCAUCACAGUUGCGUAACGCCGAGGUCCGAGAAGGCCUUGCUCCCGGCCUCACGUGCUCCUCCCUCGGAGGCUCUGUGACGUGCAGCCGGGGGCAGCUGGUGGCAGAGGGUCGGGAGUCCCAGGUUUAAACAUCCCUGAGGGAAGGUGGGGACCAGAAGAGGGAUCCUUGUGUACUUUGUACAUAGGCCACACAUUUGUGUAAACAGUGUU